UUUUAUUUAGAUAAAGCAGUGGUAUUUGUUAUUGUUGCCUGCGAAUCGAAAAAGUUAACAAAAAACAGCAUACAAAGUGCUACAAAACAAUAUCUAAUUAAAGGUGUGAUCGAAAUCUAACAUAGUUGCGUUGCCGUGGCAACCUGGGCCCAAACAAACGAAAUCGGAAAAUAUUUCCCAAAAAUCAAAAGAGUUCUCAUCAGCUCAUUACAAAAAUGUUUAUACUAGACAAAAUACUGCCGUUUAUAUUUAGCUAUAUAAGACCGUUGGUUGGAGUUCUCAAGUGGUUCCUUCAUGCCUUCACCAGGCUGUCGGAACUUCAGAGGAUUUGCUAUGGUGCAGUCGAAGGUGCCAGCCGUACUAGUCAGGUUGAAAGAUCGCUGACAUUGUCUAAAAUACCCCAAAUAAGGCGGCUUGUACUUGACCUUGAUGAAGCGGCGCCCUACGUGAACGAUGCCGAGCUAAUGGAGUUUGCUCCUCGUGCUGCGCGCGUUGUCAUGCAAGCGAAACGCAUCAAGAGCAAUGUGCAUCCGGACUUUGCCCGGCUCUUCGGCACCUGUGUGACCAGCAUUUGGGGCUACCGUCGGCUUAUGCACCAGGUGGAGCAGCUGCGGGCGGAACGGUACGACUCAGAUAAUCUGGAGCACGAACAAAAGUUGCUGCGGCUAUGGCAGCUUCUAAUGCCGGAGGCCCCUCUUACCGGACGCGUGAGCAAACAGUGGCAAGACAUCGGCUUCCAGGGCGACGAUCCCAAAACAGAUUUCCGGGGAAUGGGUAUGCUCGGCCUGGAGAACUUGCUGUACUUCGCCACCGCCUAUAACGAUGCCGCAAAGCACGUGCUCCUUCAUUCGAUGCAUCCCACAUUGGGUUACACAUACGCCAUUGUGGGCAUUAAUCUCACAUCAAUGGCAUUCAAUCUAGUUAAAACGGGUGCCGCGAAAACUCACUUCUAUAACCUGGUGGUGCAGCACAGACAGGACUUUAGCACAGUGGAGGAUUUCCACAAGCUGUACUGCUACCUGUUCUUUGAGUUUGACCGCUUUUGGAUGGAAAGCGACCCGCGCAAUAUUAUGGACUUUCGCGAAAUUUAUCAGGCUUUUGAAAUAACAAAACUAGAGGCCUUGCACAACGAUAGCACUAUUUUUAAGACCAAUUUGAUUGUAGAAUCCGUCUAAAAAUAAAAAGAUGUAUAUAAA